GUUCGUGAGUAAUGUUGUGUUUAGAUUUUUUAGCCAAAAAAAAAAACCAAUAACAAAUAAAUAAUUAACAAUUAAAAAAUGUUGAAUGGAGAAAUUACACACACUUUCGAGGAGAACACAUGCCACCUGGUGAUACGAGAUCCACAUGCCAAACACAAGCCCAGCGAAGAGGAGCAACAGUCGCAGCCAGGCACGGACGAACCGACAGCACAUGUCGAUCGCAUUAGAAACUGCGAUAUAUUUAUUGACUCGCAUGAUUUGUACUUUUAUGCAGAUGUCAAGCUUUUCAAAUUCCACAGUCGACGCACAUUUGAUCUGAAAGAGCUAAAAACGCUGCAUAUAAAUUUUGAUACACAAAAGAACUGCUAUCAGAUUGACCUGCCUAUCUUGCCUUCCUCGCCGACAGCAGACGAUGGUGGUGCCGCUAGCGGUGAGCCUGCGCCUGGCGGUGGAGCAACUCCCAAACCAAAGACCGUACGCAAGGAAUAUAUAGGUGCCCUACAGGUCCCGUUUUUGGCAGACUGGACGUUGGGCAAACUGGACAAGGAGAUCGUUGUCCAGGAAUGGAAAUUUAAACGUAUCACCGAUCAGUGCCAAUUGCAUCUCAAUGGACACAUUGAGCGUGCCUAUAAGCUGACCAAUCAAUUUGGCUAUGGAUUCGCCAGCAAAUACAGUGGGCCGUUGGAAGCCAGCGAACUGGAUAAAUCCACUUGUCGGAUAGCUGAACCGCAGCGACUUAGUCCAUUUCAACGACGUUUAGAUCGACUUGUGGAUGAAAUGAAACGCUUCUCGCGAGAUCAAUAUAAAAUGAAUUUCGUUGAGUUGCAAGUUCCGUCGGGUCAUCAAAAUCCUCUGCGCUAUAGAGCGAAAAUCUUGGAGACUUCCAUGACCCAGGAGCAGGCACAUUUAUUGCACAAUUUAAGCCGUUGCCAACAGAAGCAAGAAGAUGAGCCACUUUACACUCGCCUACAGCACAACGAGAUUGAUUGCGGCCUCAUUAGCAUUAUGCUGGCCAUAUGCUAUGACGUGAGGACCACUAAUAAUGAUCCAACCUGCGAAUCCGGCUGGACGCGUUGCAUUUUGUGUCCAUUAAUUUGCUAUUUCGAACAAUUUGACAACUACAGGGAUGUAGUGGUGGCAUUUUUGCGUCGCGUGAUAACCUAUCCACUGUAUAGAAACUUCGAACUCGGGCGUCAAUGUGUACGUGAUGCCAUUGAGGUGCUCAGGGGAGGAAGAAAUUGGUUGAUUAAUCAAUUACUACUGACCCAUCAACAAUUUGCCACUAGUGAACCGAGCCGCGAUACCUUUAAUAGCCUUUAUAUAGAGGAUUAUAUACGCUAUGUAAGCAAUACGGAGAUAUGUACAGACGAUCAUCUGCGCUUAUUAGCUCGCAAUGUGAAAAAUGUGCUUAUGGACGUAAGCAAACGGCAUUUGGGAUUGGGCAUCAAUGAGAUUGAGACUGAAUUGAUCAAGGAACUGAUGCAGGAGAUGCGCUUGGAUGCCAAUUCUUCAGCGCAGCAGCAGCAGCAGCAACAAUUAGAACUACAGGUACCAGGAGCUGAUGAUUUGGAUGCAGAUAAUGAUACAUCGGGGCAGGAGGAUGAGACAACGACUGAUGAUGAUAGCGUUAUAACCGAUUCGUUUGAAUCAAUGGAUAUGGAUAUGCGAUUAAUUGAAAAUGAAAUUGUUUACUCCGUUGAUGACGUAGAUGAUGACGAUGAAGACGACGACGAUGACGAUGAUGAAGAUGAUGAUGACGAUGAAGAGGAAGAUGAUGAUGAAGACAUCGACGGAGACGAUGAUGAUCGCAGCAGUUCAACCUCAAGCAGCGAUGCCGAAGGAAACAGCGUGAUAGAGCAAUGUAGUAACAGCAAUAGCGAAGCAGCCCUAGCAUCACCAAAUAAUUCACAAAAAAUCCUGCCCACAGAUUAUCAUUAAUAAUGUAAACUUAAUGUCAAAGAACGGAGGCUAAACAGUGAUUACAAUUUAAAAGAAUCAAACUAAAACUCACUCACACACACACACACACAGACACACGUACACAGCACCCGAGGUGUUCACAGUUUAAAGGGAGGGAGAAAAGAAACAAGCUAUUUAUGUUUCCACAGCCACGCCCCCCUUUUCCUGUAGUGUCCACACACAAACACACACACACAUAGGAACAGUUCUUCUACCACUUAAAUACAUAAAUGUGUACAAUAAUUAUUUUUUUUAAUCACAUAUAUUCUUCCUUCCUCCUUAACCGAAAUUUGAAAAUAUUUUUGCUGUAAGAAUUUUUGUGUAGAUCUAUAAAAACAAACAAAAAAUUAGCAUUUAAAGCAUAAGGACAAAAAGAAAAUAUGUUUGAAUUUUAAAUUCUUCAAUCUGAAAUCGCAAAACCAUAGUUGUGCAUUUUUGUAUAUACAUAUAUAUAU